AUGAAAGAGUUAAAUAAACUUGCCUUGACAUCCAGGAAGCAGCCCGGCCAUCAGAGAGCGCAGACACGGUCCUCCAUGACCACGGAGUACCAGGAGAGGUUCCUUCCUCCACGCUGCCAUGUGCCUGUGGUCACAAGUUCAACACGUAAAGACCCUCACCAUGCACUGAAAGGCACAAGUGCCAAUAUGACCACUCUAAGAUCAUCCCAUGUGACCCACAAAUGGAUAAAACAUCCACCAAAGGCCCCACAGCCAUCUUUGCCACCCAGUGGCCAACAGAGAUGCAGCAGCACGCCACAAAAUCCUUAUCGCUCUGCAGUGAACCAGAUGGCAUCCAAGGUGGACUACACAUCAGUGUACAAAAAUGAUUUCCGAGCAUGGAAAGCAAACAAGCUUCAGCCAUUUAAGCUGUCCGACAGCUUGAAAGUCAACCAAGGAUUACAUGUUACAGACUGCGCUUCCAAAGAAAGUGGCUUGCAGAAAAAAUCUGUUCAAGUCGAAACCAAUUCCACACCAGUCCCACAGACACAAAUUCUACAUCCUUUUGAAAGCGUCACCAGCUACAGAUUGGAUUAUGUCAGCUAUCCAGCGCAGCCUAGGAGACGCACAGAGAAGCCCGUCUACCAAACCAAAGGUCUACUUUCAGAGCCCGCCGUGUCCGUGAGGCCAAAGGAUGUUUGGGACAAAAACCAAGAACAUUUUGACCCAGCCAAUGAACGUUUUCAGCAAAUCAAGACCUGGUCCCUUGAAACUAAGUUCCACAGCCAAGGCAAAGCCAAAGAAGCCAGUCCAUCUGCAGAUCAGGACUACCUCUCCACAACUCAUGCGGACUACACGGCACACAAGUGCGAGCGCACCAAACCAAUCUUGCCAUCUGUGAAACCCAGAGGGAAAAACAAGGAGCCCUUUCAAGCGACGACCACCAUGAUGGAGGAUUACAAAGUUUGGAACACACCGCGACGUCUCCCCAUUGUCUGUAAACAACAGUUGGACUGGCCCAAGAAAACCAUCUUUUCAGCUAAGCCUGCCGAGAGCUGCACAACCAACCCAAAGCCUUUAAGCCUGCAGUCUGCAGUCUGUGAUUCCAGUUGUAACACCACCAAGACACCUCAACGUCCUGUGGAGCACGAAGCGUUUUCUGGCUUGGAAUGCAUCUCCAAUGGGACAGAAGAAUCCAGGAUGUACUGGACCACCUCUGUGGACAGAGGGGUGACUUGGGCUGACGUCGGCAUUUGUGAGGAGCCCCCUCAGGGCCACCAAAUCAUCAGCUGCAUGGUUUCUAGCAGAAGCUAA